AUGGACGACGUCCUGCUCGCGGGCCAUCACCAAUUCCGAUUUACCAAGCAGCAGAUCGUCGAGCUCCUGCGCUCGCUGUGUUUGCCCGACGAAAUCAUCACGACGCACCGCUACAAAGCCGAUCCGUUGGGGGCGAUCUGUAUCAUGCUUAACCGGCUCGCGUUGCCGCAUCGGCUUGGCUCCAUGCGCAAGUAA